GAAGCCCCGUAGCGCUGCGGUUGUUGCGCAGUUCCAGCGGCGGUUGGCUUUUCCCUCUGUCGGAGCAGCGCACGCGCCAGCAGGCAGGCCAAGCUGAGCCACCAGUCUUGUCCAUCGAGUGACCUCCAGCCGCUUCUAGCGACCGGAGGGACGCCAGGAAAAACGGGUGACCAACGCCAAGACCCGCCAGCCGCCCCCACGCCGCCAAACCUGGGUACCUCACCGCCCACCACCCCCACCGCCAUGAACAACCAGGGCGGCGACGAAAUCGGGAAGCUGUUUGUGGGUGGUCUUGACUGGAAUACUACACAGGAGACCCUCCGAGAUUAUUUUUCCCAAUAUGGAGAGGUGGUCGAUUGUGUCAUAAUGAAGGAUAAAAUGACAAAUCAGUCUCGAGGUUUUGGUUUCGUAAAGUUCAAGGAUCCAAACUGCGUGGGUACAGUACUAGCCAGCAGACCUCAUAAUCUUGAUGGAAGAACAAUUGAUCCAAAGCCAUGUACACCUCGUUCCAUGCAGCAAGAAAAACCAAAAGCAAAAGAAGGUGCUGCAUGGAAAGGUUCGCAAAACCAGAGCAGCAAUAAAUCAAAGAAGGUAUUUGUUGGAGGAAUUCCUCACAAUUGCAGUGAGACAGAGCUCAGGGAUUACUUCAAAAGAUUUGGAGUGGUCUCCGAAGUAGUAAUGAUCUAUGAUGCUGAAAAGCAGAGGCCCCGAGGUUUUGGAUUUAUUACUUUCGAGGACGAGCAAUCAGUGGACCAGGCUGUCAACAUGCAUUAUCACGACAUCAUGGGCAAAAAAGUUGAGGUGAAACGCGCAGAGCCUCGUGACAGUAAAGGCCCAGGGCCUGGCCAGUCAGGAGCACCACAGUGGGGCAGAAGCUUACCAAAUGCUGCUAAUGGCUGGGGAGGUCAGCCCUCACAAAGCUGGCAGCAGCAGAGUUACACUAGCCCACAAGGUAUGUGGAUGACACCUGGUCAGCCAAUGGGUGGGUAUGGACCACCACCUCCUCCAGGAGGACGAGGCGCCCCUCCACAACCGCCCCAUUUUAAUCCAUAUGUAGUGCCACAACCACCUCCAGGAGGAUUUGCACCACCUCAGGGAUUUGGACAGAGUUUUGGCGCACCUCCACAAUAUGGCUAUGGAGGAUUUGGCGCACCUCCAGCUGACCAGUUUGGCCCACCUGGAAUACCAGCACCCCCUGCCACACCAGGAGCAGGACAGAUAGGCUAUCCACCAGCAACACAGACACCUCAGGAUAUGAGCAAGCCACCUGCUGGACAGCCCGAAUUCCCUGGGUACAACCAGUAUGGCAUGGGUAACUAUCCUCAGGAUCCUUCAGGCUACGGACCCACGCGUCCUUCUCAGACUUACGGUCAGGCUGAGCAGGGAUAUAGUGCAGCAGGUUAUGGGCAAGACAUGAGUGGUUUUGGCCAGGCCCCAAGUUUCUCGGAUCCAAAUCAGCCAGCUCCCUCAUAUGGAGGACCCUCAGCACCAGCGCCCCCAGGGGCUCCACCAUCAGCACCCGGUGGAUUUGCCCGCGGUCAGAACCACAAUGCUCAGGGGUUUCAUCCUUACAGGCGUUAAAACUAUGGCAGGGAAAAGGAGGAGUAUAUUCUGGUGUAAAUUUGGCCAGGAAUUCCUUAAUUUGUGACUCUUUUGUGACAAUCACUUGAUUAUAUAACAAAAACAACAAAAAAAUUUAAAAGGAGUUUGAAGGAUACGCUGUGAGCUUUGGACUGCAUUUUUCUUUUUUUUUGAAUUUAUUCUCCUCUCUUCCCAACAGCACAAAUGACCUCUGCGCUCUGACUGAUGCAGGGUUUAGGAGAAAUACUCUGCUGUACCAUAUAACUCUUUGGUUUCUUUUCUUUUUCAUUUGUUCCUUUUGAGACCUUGUUUUACCCUAGUAUACCUUUAUGUUUAAAUAAAAUGGAAACAUUUGAAUUCAGACGUUGCAAUUUUUAGGAGAAAUUUUGUACUGUUUACAUCUGACUUAUUUUUUAAUUUAAGAUGUAGAUUUCCCUUAAGAAUGGCUGUAGAAUAAACUGCAAAGACAGAUGACCCCUGGUUUAAAUAAAGAGAGCACAUUUCGUUUAAUUGGCUUGGUGUGUUACUCGUCUUGUAAUUUUCAUUUUUUUUUAAAGAAAUUGCUCGUGUACUUUCAACUAUUUGUCAGUGGAUCGUCUAUUUUCCAUGAUCACACCAGCACACAACAGAAAUAUUCAAUAAGCAUGUUCUGCUAUACAAGCUCUUUAGCCCUUAGCUGAAUGUUGUUGCCUCCCAAUAGUUUUUUUUAUAUAGAUUUUGCAGUUUGUGAAGCCAUAAUGUCAUUUGAUGCUAUUGAUUUGUUAAUUCCUCUAAAUAUCUGUUAAUCUCUGCAUUAAUCUGCUUUUGACCAUUUGUUGUAUUGUCUAACGUGUAUUUGUUACACAAUCAUUUAGACAAUGUCAGUAGUGUUCUGAGAUCUGCUUCAAUGAAAUAAGAAACUUAAUAUUCCUUCGUAAGCAUCUCAGUUAUUCUUAGUUUCUCUUCCCCACCCAAAGGCAGGUACCACAGUCAGCUGUUUAGUGUUCUAAGAUUUGUUUCUUGCAGUUACAGACUUCAUCUCAGACUUCCAAUUCAUGCAUCUCUGUUAGCUGUGAAUGUGUGUCUUUUUGAGUCAAAUGUUUCAACACGGUUUUGAUACACCAACAAAACUAUGUUCUUGAUGCACCUGGUAUAAGAGAAAAAGUAUGUAUUGAAUGCUCUUUUUUUAAUCAUUAAUCUGAACAGAUAUUUAACCUUAUUUCCUAAAACAGAAUCUCCUUUUGUAUUGUGCCAUUGUCCAUUGUGCUUUUUUAUUCCCCCCUCUUCAAUUAUAUCAUAUGACCUGAAAUUGGGGGAAUUUGGAAGGCAGAUAUAUGUCCACUGGUUUUGUUGUCUGGAUAAGUGCAAGUUACCUUCUAGUGUUGUCAAGGAUCUAAAUUGGACCCCAUCCUUUCUUCACUUUAUAGGAGCAACACACAUCAAAGUUGCUGGUGAACG